AUGGAGGCAGAAAUUCGAGUUAUGCUGUUACAAAGCAAGGAAUGCCUGGACUGCCAGAAGACUCUGAGCUUCCUCUGUUCUGACGUGGAAAGUGCGCUGCAGAGCAUCUUCACCCUCCUAGUAAUUGCAGAUUUCAUAAUUGGGAAUGUGGGCAACGGAUUCAUAGUACUGAUAAACUGCAUUGACUGGGCCAAUAGAAGAAAGCUCUUUAGUGAUCAAAUCCUCACUGGCUUGGCGCUCUCCAGAAUUGGUCUGCUCUGGGAAAUGUUAGUAAGUUGGUUUGGAUCUCUGUAUUAUUCUGCCUUAUUUAAGACUGGUCCAGGAUUAAGAAUGAUUACUUUUACCUGGAUAGUUACCAAUCAUUUCAGCAUCUGGCUUGCUAUGAGCCUUAGCAUUUUUUAUUUGCUCAAAAUUGCCAGCUUUUCCAGCCCUUUUUUUCUCUACCUAAAACGGAGAGUUAAAAAACUGAUUGUGAUGAUAUUGCUAGGAAGUUUAGUCUUCUUGUUUUUAAAUCUGAUACAAAUAAAUGCAUAUAUUAAUGACUGGAUUCAUGUACAUAAAAACACAACUUGGAAUUCCAGAAUAAGAGACUCUGCAACAUUAUCAGGGCUAACCACACUCACAAAGACUAUCUUUACACUAAUACCAUUUACUGCAGCCCUGGUCUUUUCUGCUUUAAUCUUCUCCCUGUGGAAACAUCUCAAUAGGUUGCAACUCCAUUCCAAAAGACCCAGAGAUCCCAGGACCAAGGCCCACAUAAAUGCAUUGAAAACUGUGAUCUCCUUCCUCCUACUCUAUGGUACUUUUUUUCUGGCCCAUCUGAUAGCACUGAUGUCUCAUAUACUUCAAAACAAACUGCUCCAGAUGCUUGGCCAGGUUAUUGGAACUGUCUAUCCACCAAGCUAUUCAUUUAUCCUGAUUCUGGGGAACUCUAAGCUAAGGCAGGCCUCUCUUUGUUGCUGUGGCUGCAGAGGUAGGGCUGACAGAUGA